CCGCCGCCGCUUCUGCAAACUUUCCAGCUCGGCCUGCUGUGCGUCAUGGAAAAGCCGAGAGGGGCAGGCCUGGCGAGGCGGAGCAGCCCCCCACAAUAAGGGGAAGGGGCGCACAGCCUGCAAAGGGAAGGGGCGCAAAGCCACCCAAAGGCGCCCCACUCUCCCCAAUUACGCACGGCCUCCAGCGCGCAAAGAAGGCGAGCUCUUCUUGGAGAGGCCGGGAGGGGACCCUCGCAAACCCCAACCCUGCGCCCAAAGCGGAGUCGCUCCGGAUCGGGUCGCCCCUCCCCCCCCGCGCGCCCGGAGGGGCAUCCUAAAGGGGGAGGGCGAGGCUGGAUGCCGCGCAAGGUGGAGCCCAGGAGGGCGCAAGGCGGAGCCCAGCCUCCCGGCUUCCCAGCCCCGUCGCCCAGCGGAAGGUGGCUCGGCCCUCCCCGCGCAGCCCGAGGGGGGAGCCAAGCCGACGCCAGCCCCCAGGAGCCCCGGGGGGGAGAGUGCGCGCUGAGCCGCCCGGCGCUGCAGACGGAGGGGAUCCGGUGGGUUCCAGAUCGCGGGUGGCGUCUUGGGCGUAAGGCGUGCCCCCGUUUUUUGGCUUGAUUCGCGGCUCCUCUCUCCUCCCCUCCGGAGGGUUGCGGGCUCCGAGGCCGACCCAGAAGGGAUUACAGGGACUUGCAAAAAUAUUUUGGUUUGGAUUGAUCCAGAGAGCCGCCUCCUUCCCCUCUGCAGGGAAGGCGUUCUUUUUUUUUUUUGCCUUUCUCCCCUGCACCCUGAUUGUGAAUCGUGCCGGACAGACUCCCCCCCCACCCCCAAAGCUUUGUAAACAAGCUGCAGAGAAAAUGAACAUAUGGGGUUCUUUUAUUGGACGGGGAUGAUGGAAGCGACAUGCCAUUUGAGUGCAGAUUUCUAAAAGGCAGUUCAGGCCGGCGAAACCAGUUUGCGGGAGAGCACCGACAACAGGGAUGCCAAUUUCUUGUUUAUCUGUGCAUCUGAACGAGGCCGCCGAGUGCACCUAAAACCAGGGGUCAAAAAUGCUGUUCCGUCCGCCCCGAGCGUGUUUUUUCUCCGCCAGAACACGCAGACAGCAAAGGCCCCGGAAUUUAUAAACCUGGCGGAGAAAUCGUAAGACGAAGCCACUUCUAUUGCUUUCCUGCAACACCCUUUCUCUUCUUUUCCACCGAGCUGUGGCCGGAUUUCAAGACGUUAAGGGAAGGGUUGCCGUGCCGCUGAUUUGGUAUCCAAGGGAGUGUUUUUUGAGUUAGUGCUUUGGCUUGCAUUCCAGGGAAGAGCGAUGGCAACGAAAGCCAGGGCCCUUUACAACUUCCAGAGCGAAAACAAGGAGGAGAUCAGCAUCCAGGAAAACGAGGAGCUGGUGAUCUUCAGCGAGAACUCCGUGGACGGGUGGCUGCAAGGGACAAACAGCCGGGGCGAGACGGGGCUUUUCCCCGCCUCCUACGUGGAGAUCUUCCGCUCCAGGUCGACCUCGGUGUACACGGACCAUUCCGACAGCCCCAGCGGGUCGCCUGCCAACGGGUCGUCCUUCUACGUGUCCCCUCCCAACACCAGCGUCUCCCAUCAGGGCAGCUUCGAAGAUGACGACGACGACUGGGACGAUUGGGACGACGGGUGUACGGUGGUGGAAGAACCCCAUAGCGGAACGAGCACCAACGGGCAUCCAUCCCCCAGACUUCAGGAUCCUCGGCCGUACUCGCGUCCAAACAACAUGGCCUACCGUCCCAAGCCGUCUCUGGAGAGGCAGGACAGCAUAAGCGCUUCCAAAAGGGGCAGUGUGGUGGGGCGCAACCUGAACCGUUUCUCUUCCUUCGUCCGGUCCGGCGUGGAGGCCUUCAUCCUGGGAGACGUGCCCAUGCUGUCCAAAAUCCCCGAGGCGUACUACGUUGACAUGGGGGCCAAGGGUCCCCAGUGGCGCCCCAACCCGCACCCUUUCAUGUGCUCGGUGGAGGACCCGACCAAGCAAACCAAGUUCAAGGGCAUCAAGAGCUACAUCUCCUACAAGGUGACGCCCACCAACAGCAACUGGCCCGUCUACCGACGCUACAAGCAUUUCGACUGGUUGUACAACCGCCUGUUGCACAAGUUCACCGUCAUCUCUGUGCCCCAUCUGCCCGAGAAGCAAGCGACGGGGCGCUUCGAGGAGGACUUCAUCGAGAAGCGCAAGCGGAGGUUGAUCCUGUGGAUGGACCACAUGACCAGCCACCCGACGCUUUCCCUGUACGAGGGCUUCCAGCACUUCCUCAACUGUCGCGACGACAAGCAGUGGAAGAUGGGGAAGCGCCGGGCGGAGAAGGACGAGAUGGUGGGGGGCAGCUUCCUGCUGACGCUCCAGAUCCCGACGGAGCACCAGGACCUUCAAGAUGUGGAGGACCGGGUGGACACCUUCAAGGCCUUCAGCAAGAAGAUGGACGACAGCGUCAUGCAGCUGACCAACGUGGCCUCCGAGCUGGUGCGCAAGCACGUGGGCGGCUUCCGCAAAGAGUUCCAGAAACUGGGCAACGCGUUCCAGGCCAUCAGCCACUCCUUCCAGAUGGACCCACCGUAUAGCCUGGACGCGCUUAAUGGAGCCAUCUCCCACACGGGCAAGACUUACGAGACGGUUGGGGAGAUGUUUGCCGAGCAACCGAAAAACGACCUUUUCCUCAUGUUGGACACACUUUCUUUGUACCAAGGACUCCUCUCCAACUUCCCAGAUAUUAUUCAUCUCCAGAAAGGUGCGUUUGCCAAGGUGAAGGAGAGUCAGAGGAUGAGCGACGAGGGGAGGAUGGACCAGGAAGAGGCAGACGGGAUCAAGAAGCGGUGCCGCGUGGUGGGUUUCGCCCUGCAGGCCGAAAUGAACCACUUUCACGAAAGGCGGGUGUCGGACUUCAAGAAGAUGAUGCAGUCGUACCUGAAGCAGCAAAUCCUCUUUUACCAGAGGGUCAGCCAACAGCUGGAGAAAACUUUGCGGAUGUACGAUAACCUCUAGUCGUUCCCGACCUUUCCCUGCCCGGCUUGUCUUUGGAACCAAGCAGGGUCGGACGCGGCUCUCCCAAGCCCUGGUUGGUUGGCCAGGAUUGUCCGCUGGACUCUCCUACGUUCGUCUCAGGGCUGAUUUCACUUUCACUCUAUCCCCGUCGGAGAGGAAACUUUGUGACGCCAACGGUGACGGUCAGGCCUGUACUUCUGGGCUUCGAGGACGACACUUUUGGACUUAGGGGAUCCGAUUUUAUGUACAAAACACUAAACACCAAGCGAGAAGAAAAGGGAAUCGCGCCUCACACGUGACCAAAUUCCAUAUUUAAACUCCGUUGCUUCACCCAAACCGGUCCACCGAGUCCCAGCAUAUGACACGCGUGACAUUCUGGUAAUAUGGCCUCCUUCUUUCUUGCGAGAAGGUCCUGUUUACACCCCUCCUCCAGGGCUGCCAAUUUCCAGGUGGGGCCUGGAGAUUCCCAGGAUUACAACUGACCAGCAGACAAUAAAGAUCUGUUUCCCUGGGAAAAAAUUGUCUGCUUUGAAGGGUGGACUUUGAAGGCAUUAUCCCCUUCCAUUCUUCAAGUUCCUUCCUUCCCACAUCUCCAGGAAUUCCCCAGCCCGGAGUUGGCAACCCUGUCUUCCUUCUGCGACACUGUUUACAGAGAAAGCAAAAUGUUACCUUUCCUAAGAGAAACAGAACGGGUUUGGGUUUGGGGUUUCUUCCUCUUGGGCUCGAUUGGUUUGGAAUUGCAUCCUCCUAAACCAGAGGCGUCAAACUCGCGGCCCUCCAGAUGGGAUGGACUACAGUUCCCAUCCUCCCCUGCCAGCAUGAUGGGAACUGUAGUCCACAACAUCUGGAGGGCCGCGAGUUUGACACCUGUGUCCUAAACGUUCGAAAGAAAUAAAAUGUGAGCCCCUCCUCCCCAGAAACUCCCAAGACAUGGCUUGCAAAUAGCUUUUUGUAAGAGCUAAUAAAAAAGGGAGAUUUAAUUGGGGGAGGCGGAGGGAUGCUCACGUGAACGGCUUUUACAGGGAACGAGCGAGAAGAAGGAAGGCAAAUCCACGCCACUGUAAAUUGUUUUUAAAAGGUGCGAAGGAAACCGCCGCAUUUAUUUUGUAUUCUGAAAAUCAAAACGACGCUUGGAACUACCACGA